AUGACUGGUACUUCUGAAGAAACAGGAAUAGUGGAUGUGACUAUCAGAAAUGCUGAACUCGCUGAUCAGAGUGAGUUGAUCUAUCAGUUAAUGCAACGAAUUGCAGACAUGCAGGAAGAGCUUCAACAGACCAAAGAUCUGGCCAAAUUGGCCAUUGCAUCGAAUGAACCCCCCCUUGAAACUAGAAGACCGCCUCCUCCUUUUCCAUCACUAAGUUCCCCAUUACCCAACCAUUUCCCUACCCAUACCACAGGAACAAUCACUUCCACCCCUAACCCUCAUACCAUUGAUUUAACUGUAUCCAAUGCUCCUUACGCCAACACUUCCUACCAAACACCACCACCAUUACCAAAUCAGAACCAAGCACUUAACACUAAUCACUUCCAAAACUUCACACCAACCUACCAAAUCCCACCCCCAGCUACUGAUAAUCCACGUGUUUUGCCUAGCCAGCCUGCAUACCCUUCCGUAACAUUCCAAACUCCACCAGCCUAUACAAUCCCUGAACCAUGCCCUAGCUUUCCCGUUCAGCCGGAGCUGGAUCACUAUGAAGAAAUGGAGAAGGAGUGGAGGUUGAGAGAAGAAAAACGUGAACAAGAAAUGAAUAUCAUGAAGGAUGCCAUCUCCGAGGCAGUAAAAAGUGUCCAAUCUUCGAGGAAGAUAACAGGACUUGAGUAUGAGGACCUUUGCAUGCACCCUGACUUGGAAAUACCUGAAGGUUACAAAAUUCCAAAAUUUGAAACCUUCAAUGGUAUUGGGAACCCUAUGGCUCACCUACGAGCUUAUUGUGAUAAACUCGUGGGUAUCGGGAAAAAUGAUGCAUUGAUUAUGAGGUUGUUUAGUCGAAGCCUCAGCGGGGAGGCGUUAGAAUGGUUCACAUCUCAAGAACUCCGUCAGUGGUCUACAUGGGGGGCUCUGGCCAAAGAUUUCUUGGAGAGAUUCCAGUUUAAUGUCGAAGCUGUCCCUGACAGAUAUUAUUUGGAAAAAAUCAAGCAAAAGUCCACGGAGGACUAUCGUGAAUAUGCGUGCCGCUGGAGGAAAGAAGCUGCAAAGGUACAACCCGUGAUGACCGAAAAUGAAAUAACCUCUGCUUUUAUUCGAGCUCAGGAGCCCGAGUAUUAUGAAAGGAUGUUGCCUAUGAUGGGACAGAAGUUUUCGGAGCUGAUCAGAAUGGGAGAGGUAAUAGAAGAUGGCCUCAAGUCUGGAAAGGUUACAAGUCUCACUGCCUUGCAGGCCGCCAACAAAUCCUCACCAUCCAUGGCCACAGGAUUCGCUAGGAAAAAGAAAGAGGACGUGUCUGCUGUAUCUUUUAGCCCGAGGCCAAGGCCGCAAAGGUAUUUUGGGUCUGGUUCUGCCAUUGAAAACUCCAACCGAUUCCCCACUUCAAAUAUUUACCCAUCAUCUCCACAAGCUCCAAUCCCAAUCUACUAUGCACAACAGAACUACCAAGCACCACCGCCCAUCUACCAAAAUCAACCACUAACCUACCAAAAUAUACUACCAAAUCACCAAGCCAAUGCACCAGUCUACCAAAAUCCUGGACAAAACAACCCGAAUGCCAACAAUCUACCCCGCCCUAACCUCGAAAGAAAUCCUCCCAGAGUUUUCACUCCUUUGGCAGAAACGCGUACCCAACUCUUUGAGCGUCUAAGAGCGGCAGGAUUGAUCCAAGCAGUAGACGCAAGGGCAAUUAAUCCCACAACAAAGUUCUUUCGAGCAGAUCAACGUUGUGCAUACCAUUCUGGAGGGGCAGGACAUGAUACAGAAGGAUGUAUCAAUCUGAAACAUAAGAUUCAAGACUUGAUCGAUAACAGGGUCAUCACUCUCCAAGCCCCUGCCCCCAAUGUGAACCUUAACCCAUUGCCGAAUCAUGGAGGAGCUACCAUCAACAUGAUUGAAAGAGACGAAGAUUGGCUUGCUAAUGGGACUAUCGGUGAAGCAGCUGUCAACUCACUUAUACCAACAGUGGCCUCAUUGACCAUAAAGGCCCGCCCAGAGUUUGUUGUAAUAACUGCACCUCAUCAGGCAUUUGCUUUGGUGAAGGAAAAAAGCAAUGAGCAGUUCGAAGAAAGGUUUGUUGUCCAGGCGGCCACCGCACAAGGGAUGACACGCUCUGGAAGAUGCUACAUUCCAGAAGAACUAACUCAGGAGACACGAAGAAAGGAGAACCAGAAAAGGCCGAUCACAGAGGGUGAGGCUGAAGAGUUUUGGCGAAGAAUGCAGCCUAAAGAGUAUUCCAUUGUCAAACAUUUGGAGAAGACUCCCGCUCAAAUUUCUAUUUGGGCUCUAUUAAUGAGUUCUGAGUACCAUCGAAAAGCACUGUUGAAGGUACUUGAUGAAGCAUAUGUGCCGACGGGAACAAGUGGUGAGACUCUGGCCACCAUGGUAAGUCAUGUCAUUGGGAGACAUCAAAUCUCUUUUCGAGAAGAAGAGUUGCCACUCGAAGGGGUUAUGCACAACCGUGCCUUGUAUAUCACCGUCAAAUGCAGGGGCAAGUUUGUAGCGCGAGUAUUGAUUGAUAAUGGCUCAGGACUUAAUAUCUGCCCAUUAUCAACCCUUACUCAGCUAAAUUAUGAUGUAGGGAAAAUCCGUCAAAGCCGCAUGAAUGUAAGGGCGUUUGAUGGUUCGCAAAGGGAGACCAUACCAUGGAUCCAUGCUGUUGGAGCAGUUCCAUCCACAUUGCAUCAACUUUUGAAGUUCAUCUGGGAGGAACAUGAAAUUGUCAUUCAUGGUGAAGGGAGUGACUGUAGGUACCCUAGUUUCUCCAUUCGAGUUAUCGAAGAGUCUUCUCAGAGAACUGACUUUCACAUGGUGGAGAUAAUGAAUGCUACUUUCGAAGAUACGACAUUGCAAGUACCAAUGCCGCAAAUGUAUAAAAUGCUAGCCACAACUAUGCUGAGAAGUGGUUUUGAACCUGGGCGUGAGUUAGGCAAGAAUUUGGAUGGCAUAUCCGAACCUCUUCCUAUACCACUUCAAAAUUUUCGAUUCGGUAUCGGUUAUGCCCCAACAGAAGAAGAAUUGUUUGAAGCAGAAACAAGGAAGAAACAUGAUUGUGAUAUACCGAAGCCUAUUCCAGCAUUGUACCAGUCAUUUGUUGCUAAAGCUUUAGAGCCUGAGAUUGAUGAUCUAGUGGAAGGGAUGGGAAGAUUGUUUGAUGAAGAAGAUUGUGAUGUGAUCUCGACAGAAUGCACAACAACACCCACCAUCCGAGAUGCCGGACCUGGAGAGACGCUGCAUAAUUGGAUGGCCACUCCACUUAUGAUCCAUCGAAUGGCUUGUAAAAAUGAAUCUAAACCUGCCAAUGUCAUGACAUGUCACGAACACGGCGAACUAAGUAAGGUCGAUGAAGGUGAAUGUGAAGAAUAUGAUGAGGAAACUAUGAUGCCUGAACACCUUACCGAGGACUUGAGGCAAAUUGAAGAUGAUAAAAAGCCAACCUAG